UACUGACGUCAAAGCCUACAGUCUUCUUUGACGUGGGUUUCCGGGGACUUUCGCAUUUAUGUCGAUUGGCAUCAAUUUUAUUGGCGAAUAAAAAAAAGGAUUUUCACAAAGCACUUUUAAGACCACUGGUGGAAAAACCCUGUAGAUUCUUUAUGGCUCCACAGUUUCUGUACACAGAGCUUUGAUUGCUCUGUUAUUGCUGUACAGUUUUACACUUUUCUGCUUCUGUUUACUUUCACCAAAUGAUACAGAUAACAGUUUUGACAUCAUUAAAGAUCAUUAUCAGGACUGUGAGUUUCCUUUGUCCAGUCCUGGGAAUCCACUGACCUGCACUUUUGCAAGGUUUUCUCACUUCUAACACACAUAACAUAACUCAUGACUAUGAUAAAUAUAUGAUGAGUUGUAUCUAGUGUCUUUGGGACAGCGGUGUCCAAUCUUAUACACAAAGGGCCGGUGUGGGUAAGCAUAAAGCAUAAAUUGCUUGGAAAGCAUAAAUUAGACAAGACUGGGGUUGAGAACCCAUGAAUUAGACCUCAGUUGAUCUGUGUAUGGAAUUGUUACUUCAUGAGUUUGUUUUAAACUUGUGUCUUGCUGCAUUUGCUGAAGAUUAAUCCAUCGAUCUUGAAGGUCUUCAGCUCAUUAGCACAACAAUAACUACUGAGACAACACAAUCAAGAUGCAGUGCCUUGAACAUCCUGUGGAGAAACUGCGCUCAGUUCUUCUCUCCACCCGUAAGGAUCUCAUAGAGGCCUUUGAGCACUACAGCAAAGAGGAAAAGCGGUUUCUUGAGAAGGGUCUCCUCCCAGACAGUCGUCUUUUCACUGCUAUCACCAUUCACUCUGAAUCUGACUGGAUUCCUGCACACCCUCAAGCUCCUCAGGACUUCCAGAGCUUCUACAGCAACCCAUACCGCAAAACACCUGACCCUGGCCACAAGACCAUUUACAUUCAAACUAUUGGAUCUUUUGGAGAUGAGGAUGGGGUCACUGAGCAGUAUGUGGAGUGGCUGAGGGAAUACUGCGAGGCAUUUUUCUACGGCCUGGCAGUCAAGCUCUUACCAGCAGUGACCAUUGCAGCCACCGGCUGUGCAUUUCGUGUCAACAGCAACACAAAUAACCUGCAGCUUCAUGCUGGUGACCUCUUGGUAUUUUUGAAAAAGAGGAAGCCAAAAGAUGCGUUUUGCAUUGUUGGGGUCACCGUGAUUGAUCUGUACCCAAAAGACUCCUGGAAUUUUGUCUUUGGUCAAGCAUCUCUCAGUGAAGGAAUGGGGGUUUUUAGCUUUGCAAGGUAUGAUGAUGACUUCUACCACAGAAGUUAUGCUGGUCGGCUGAAGAAGAAGGUAAAGCUGAAGCCAGGGGACUACAGAGUAUUUCAGGACUGCUACAUACCUCCCAUUCGCAGCACUCUGCUCUUCCGCUCGUGCAAGACCGUGACCCAUGAGAUUGGGCACAUAUUUGGUAUCGAGCACUGCCAGUGGCUCCAGUGUGUUAUGCAAGGCUCCAACCAUUUAGAGGAAUCAGAUCGUCGUCCCUUAGACCUUUGCCCCAUCUGCCUCAGGAAACUACAGUGUGCCAUCGGCUUUAAGAUUGCAGACAGGUACAAGGCUUUGCUACAAUGGAUAGAGAAUGGAAGUUCUGACCAUCAGACUGACAAGCCCACAGCAGCUUUCCAAGACUUCAGACAGUGGCUAUCUAUGUGUCUGAGCUUGUUGGAAGAUGAAAGCUAAACACAAAGCAAAAGUGAUAUUUAAUGUAUGACAGCGAUGUUUUGUUUAGAUCAAACAAGAUAGAUUUAGCUCUGUAGAAACUUUAGUGUAAAUAACAGAUGUUUUAUUACAAAAGACAAGAAUUUUCAAUGUACAACACUGCUUAGAUUUGUCUGAAAUAUAGUACUUUAAUUUAAAACAGAUUGCUAUUCAAGAUACAUACAAUCAUACUUUGUGAAUGUACACUAUAAGCACUUUCUUUCUAAACAUACAAAAUAAAGUCUAGUUUUAAA